GUAGAAAGCUCAGGGUCAUCAUGGGGAAGCACUUCCACCUGUACGAGAACAUCUCUAAGGUCAGUCCCUUCGAGGGGCCGCAGUAUUACCUGGCCCCUCAGUGGGUGUUUCACCUGCAGACCCUCUUCAUGGGCUUCGUCCUGUUCGCUGGAACUCCUCUAAACUUCAUCGUCCUCUUCGUGACGCUCAAGUACAAGAAGCUGCGAGUCCCUCUGAACUACAUCCUGGUCAACAUCUCUAUCGCAGGAUUCAUCUUUGUCACCUUCUCCGUCAGUCAGGUGUUCGUCUCCACCAUGAAGGGAUACUUCUUCCUCGGUCACACCAUGUGCGCUCUGGAGUCAGCCAUGGGCUCCAUAGCAGGUCUGGUGACGGCCUGGUCUCUGGCUGUCUUGUCCUUUGAGAGGUACCUGGUCAUCUGUAAACCAUUUGGAGCCUUUAAGUUCGGCAGUGACCACGCUCUGGCUGCUGUCGCCUUUACCUGGUUCAUGGGGGUCGGCUGUGCCAUCCCACCUUUCUUUGGGUGGAGCAGGUACAUCCCGGAGGGUCUGGGCUGCUCCUGCGGACCCGACUGGUACACUCACAACGAGGAGUUCAACUGCAGCAGCUACACGAACUUCCUGAUGGUGACCUGCUUCAUCGCUCCGCUCGCCAUCAUAAUCUUCUCCUACUCUCAGUUACUGGGCGCUCUGAGGGCGGUAGCAGCCCAGCAGACAGAGUCAGUCUCCACUCAGAAGGCGGAGAAGGAAGUAUCGAGGAUGAUCAUCGUCAUGGUGGGAUCCUUCGUCACGUGUUACGGUCCGUACGCCCUCGCCGCUCUGUACUUCGCCUACUCUUCAGAUGAAAACAAAGAUUAUCGACUCGUCACCAUACCGGCCUUUUUCUCCAAGAGCUCGUGUGUCUAUAACCCUCUGAUCUAUUCCUUCAUGAACAAACAAUUUAAUGGCUGCAUCAUGGAGACGGUGUUUGGAAAGAAAAUGGACGAAUCAUCUGAAGUUUCCUCGAAGACCGAAGUGUCCUCAGUGUCCACGUCUUCUUCAUAAAACUGAACUUGACAGAGAAAAUAUUCUCUGAAGGUUUCUGACAAACAUGUAAAUAAAACAAAGUUUUUCAGAUUCUUCUUUAUUUUACUGUAGAACAUGUGUUUAGAUAAAAGGCAUCAAAAUAAUAAAGAAAUAAAAUAUUAAUAAAGAGUUUGUUUGUCCUCUGUUACUUUUAAACUGAUUUUCAACAGAAAUGUGGAUUUAAAGGAUCCGUUCACUCAAACAAACAAACACAAACAAAAGCUUCACACUUUGGAUGUUUAUUGACAAACAGGCUGUAAAAGUUUGAGAGAACAAAAACUGAUGAUGGCGAAUAUUCUGAAGACAUUUACACAUCCUUUGACUUUAUUCUCACACUUUACCACCUGAUCUGAUCUGAUAUACUUCUGGUUCUUAAACUGGUUCUGGUUCAGUUCAGGAUUCUUUGGACCCUUGGUGCUAUGAGGUGAACCAGCCCACGUUUCCACCAGUUUGGAGCAGAACCAUAAAAUCAAAGACGUGUCAUCGACCGAGGCGUUGAACAAACAACACGAGUCGACAGUCGAAGUAAAACCACCAAUCACACCCUCUAACUUUUGUUCUGUCACUAACGAUGUUUGUUUUUAUCCCCAAAAACCCCAAAACCAGCAGGAAUCAACGAUUAAAAAACUCCAAGACUCUGCCCUCUCUUUCUAACAUGUAGAACAGGACACACCCACUGAUGAUGUCACACUUUUCACUUCAGGUCAAGAAAAAAAUGGUGAUUUUACAGGUAGAAACCAACUUUAGGUUCUGAUCAAAUUAACGUUUGAUCAAACAGUUUAAUGUGAGGUGAAGGAACCAGAACAGAACCUGAUCCAUGUUGGUGGAGAAGAGUUUCAUUAAAGAUCUGGACUAUCUUUAACUGUUGGUACUGGACUGAGAGUGCUGAUCAGAAAUCAGUCAGCGAUGAACACAAACAGAAGAUUUACAAAAACUGGAAACUGAUCACAGCAGCAGAAAAGUGAAAACUCUAACAUCAACCACAGUGAAGAGCAGAAACAACCCGACAAGGACAAAAUAUAUGGUCCGAAGAAAUGUAAAUAAAAUGUGUAAAA